AUGAAACAAGGUACACUCAUCUUCACAAGCGAUGGGCAACGGUUAAUCAGUCCCGUUGGGAACAGAGUGAGUUGUUUUGACUUGGUGCAGAACACCUCAUUCACAUUUUCCUAUGAACAUCGUCGUAAUAUUGCAUGUGUGGCAUUAAACUCUCAGGAAACUUUGAUGUUGACUGUGGAUACUGAUGGCCGAGCAAUUUUGGUGAAUUUUGUAUCAAGACAAGUUCUUCAUCACUUUAAUUUUGGCGAGUCUGUCACAGAAAUCAAGUUCUCUCCUCUGGGAGAAUACUUUGCUGUGGCUGCUGGCCGUUUCAUACAAGUUUGGAAAGUUCCAGGAUUAGAACAAGACAGACAAUUCCAACCAUUCAUACGACACCGCAUAUACAGUGGUCACUAUAAUGAUGUGAUUUCUGUUAACUGGUCAAAAGAUUCCCGUUUCUUUAUUUCAACAAGUAAGGAUAUGACCUCUAAAAUAUGGAGUGUUGAUCUGUCCGAAAGAGAUGUGCAAUUCACAAUGGCAGGACACCGUGACUAUGUUGUCGGUGCCUUUUUCAAUGAAUCCCAAGACGUCAUUUAUACUGUUAGUAAGGAUGGUGCUGUAUUCCAAUGGGAAUACACCGUUAAGCCAGGUGAUGAAGAGGACGAAGAUGAAAGUGAUAGUGAUAGUGAUGAAGAAAUGGAUAAUGGCAACUCAGAAGUGGUAAAACAAUCUAAACCCAUGAGUUGGCGUAUCACCCGUAAAGAUUUCCUCCAUAGUGAUGCAAAGGUUCAAAGUUGUUGUUUCCAUAGUGGCAGUCAUUUGCUUGUUGUUGGAUUGACUAAUGGUUCCUUCAGACUUUAUGAUGUUGGUACAAGUGGUUCUACAGUUGGAGGCAGUGAUUUCCAAUUGAUUCAACAAUUGUCGAUGGGACAAAACAGCAUUGACACUGUCAGCAUUAAUUCCAGUGGGGAAUGGCUUGCAUUUGGUCUGAGUGCUUUGGGCCAACUUUUGGUUUAUGAAUGGAUUAGUGAAUCAUAUAUUUUGAGACAACAGGGGCAUUUUGAUACCAUGAACAAAUGUGUCUACUCACCAGAUGGAUCUAGAAUAGUGACUGCUAGUGAUGAUGGUAAAAUUAAGGUAUGGGAUGUUGCCAGUGGGUUUUGUCUCUAUACUUUCAGUGAACAUACAUCCAAUGUCACUGAUCUUGUAUUUUCUAAGAAGGGUAAUGUGUUAUUCAGUUGCUCUCUGGAUGGUACAGUUAGAGCAUGGGAUUUAAUUCGGUUCCGUAACUUUAGAGUUCUUACUGCAGCUACAAGAGUACAAUUCACUUGUGUGGCUGUCGACCCUAGUGGAGAAAUUGUUGUGGCCGGUAGUCAAGAUCUGUUUGAAGUUUACGUUUGGUCGGUUCAAACUGGCCAGCUCUUGGAUAGUUUACAAGGGCACGAAGGGCCUAUUUCAUGUGUUAGUUUUGGAGCUGAAAAUGGUGUGUUAGCUUCAAGUUCCUGGGAUCAAACUGUUAGAGUAUGGGAUGUUUUCAACCGUGGUGAGCAAGUUAGAAACGAACCCAUCAGUGUUGAAAGUGAUGUACUUAGCCUUGUUGUUAGACCUGAUGGUAAAGAAUUGGCUGUGAGUACAUUAAAUGGACAAAUAUUGGGUUUUGAUAUCGAUAGUACAAAGGAAAAAUGGAUGAUUGAUGUUAAGAGAGAUAUUCAACAAGGUCGUUAUUUGGAGGAUCGUUUUGAAUCAAAGAAUUCUGCAAGAGGAAAGAAUUUCACAACCAUUAGUUAUUCAUUUGAUGGGUUAAGUUUAAUUUGUGGUGGUCGAAAUAACACAAUUGCCAUGUAUGACUUGGCCAAUCAAGUAUUAUUACGCAGAUUCACAGUUUCUUUGAACAUGACUAUAAAUGGGACACAACAAUUGUUGAAUUCAUCUCGUAUAGGGCAAGGUGGAGAAAGCCUUGAUUUAAUUGACCGUCAAGGUGAAGAAGAAGAAUGGAUCAACAGACUUGAUAAUUCAUUGCCCGGAUCUCAUCGUGGAGGCUUGGAUGAAAGAAAUGUUAGGCCAGAAAUUAGAGUCAACAGCAUCACAUAUUCUCCUACCAGUUUAUCAUUUGCAUGUGCCUCUACUGAAGGUUUAUUAUUGUAUGGAGUUGAUGAUAGUGUUAUUUUUGAUCCAUAUGACUUAGACCUUGAUGUUACACCCGAACUGAUUGGUGAGCUUUUACAAGAGAGAGAGUACUUGCAAGCUAUUGUUAUGGCCCACCGCUUGAAUGAGUGGAAUGUUUUGGUACGUGUGUGGGAAUCAAUAUCGUUAUCAGAUAUUGAACUAGUGGCUCAAGGGUUCCCUGUUGUCUAUUUAAACCGGAUGUUUGGAUUUUUGGGCGAGUUAUUAGUGAAACGGGAAACCCAUCAUUUUGAAUACGGUUUAGUUUGGAUUAAGAGUUUGAUCCAAUGGCAUGGUAAAUACAUUAACCAGCAUAAAGCUAUUUUCUCCAGUAAUGUCAAGUUACUUCAAAGAUGGUUGACUAGAGUUGGGAAGGAGUUGGUUUCUAUUAACGAGAAGAAUAAUUAUUUAACUACAUUUUUACAAAGUGCCAGUACCAAGGCCAGCGAAAGCAGCACGCAACACCAACAGGAAGAAGAGGAAGAUGUCGAUGAAGAUGACGAAGAAGAAGAAGGUGAUGAUGAUGAAAGUGCGAAUGAUAGUGAAUUUGAAGGAUGGUUUGGUGCUGAGGCCAAGACGGGAAUAAAACCAUUUGCUGAAAGUGAGGAUGACAGUGAUGAUGACGACAUCAAUAUUGAUACGUAA